AUGUUGAUUUUCAGAAGCAUGAGUUUCACGGAGUUGAUCUCAUAUGUAAAAAAGCUGGUAAAGGAUGGAAGAAUCACUGUCUACUAUUGUCUUCCACAACGUUCACUGAGAGAUGGGUUGAGAGCCUUUGAAGAUGAAAAUGAUUACGUACGUUUUCUUGAUGCUGGAUAUGAGAAUGGGGGAAGGAUUAAUUUGUACAUUAAUCACUCUCAGGAGGCAGUUAUGGAGUGGACUGAAGAAGAGAUAGUUGAAGAUGGAUUGUCAGAUGUCCAUACGGAUGAUGACGAUAAUGUAGACUCUGAACUUUCAGAUAAUGAGUUUGUGGAGCAUGAACCUGAUGAUGAAGAGAUACAAAUACAACCAUCUGAUGAUCUUUUCACUAGACGAAAAAUUUUCAGGCCACCAAGAGUUGUAGAUGAUAAGAAGGAUGUGAAGUUAGAUCUUCCUAAGUAUCUUGUUCAUGAUCCUAACCAGAAAUAG